AUGGCUAAGAAGAUCAUCAAAGCAUGUAUAUUCGAUCUUGAUGGUACAGUAAUGGAUAGUAUGCCAAUUUAUUGGUCAACAAUGGAAGAAGUUGCAAAAGAUAAAUUCACUCCAGAGUUUAAAGCAACACUUAAUGGUCGUCUUGAUACAGAAGUUGCAGAAAUCAUGGCACAAAAGUAUAAACACUUCGGUAAUGCUCAAGGAUACUUUGCUGCUAGAGAUGCCAUUCUUAAUGAAAGAUUAAAGAACUGUCCGCUCGUAAAAGGCAUAAAAAGAAUUGUAAAUAAGUUACAUGAUAUGGGAAUUCCAAUGGCAAUUGGAACAAGUACUCCAGAAGACGCAUUUGAACUCAAAACAGCAAAACACGCUGAAUUUUUCAAGAAUUUCAAGGCCAAAGUAACUGGAAGUGAUGUUAAAGAAGGAAAACCAAAUCCUGCUGUCUUCUUACGCGCCUUACAAGGAAUUGGAGGCGAUAUCAAGCCAGAAAACGUUCUUAUUUUUGAAGAUGCUUAUCUUGGCUGUGUUGCUGCAAAGAGAGCUGGAAUGAAUGCUGUUAUGCUUCACGCUGAUAAUUCAAACAUCCAAGAAAGCUUCAAACAAUACGAAUUAACUGAUACUCGUACUGUUGAAAGCUGGGAUGAAUUUAAUUUUGAUGACUAUGUUUUUGAAAAGUAA